AUGGACAUGACUCUCCGUGGAAAGGCCCCCAAUGCCCUUGUUCCUCCUCCGCACGUGCCGCGCUUCGGGAAAAGCCACAUAGAGAUCUCCAUCCCACAAGAUCCUGCCGAUGCACAUGCCUACCCACCAGAGGCUGUUCAGGUCCGCAAUACCUUCAUCCAUGUCGCGAGUCCCGGACAGGGAGCCGAAGAGGAGAUUGUCAAGAAUGCCGUCUCCUGCCCGGCAAGCCACGUGGGAUGGAUCCAGAAGCUCUUUACCGAGGAGGAGGUCGAGGCAUGUCAGGCCCCCAAGGAGAAGCCCGUGAUCAGCUUGGAGGAGACGCUCAUCUUCGACGUGCCAAACACUCCGCAAGAGGAGCCGACACGAGCAACCGCGUAUGCAGCCCGUGAGAGCGGCAAGCAGUGGCUGGCGACGCAGCCUCCCCAACAGCCCGUGCCACCCGUGCACGACGCCGGGCUGUGCCCUCCGCGGGCACCCGCUCCUUGCGAGCCCUCGCCGUGCUACGGAGGUGAGGAGUCAUAUAUGCCCUACAGGAUGUAUGAGGAGCCAUGGAUUCCAGCACCGAACCCUAUGGCACCCAUGCAUGAUCCACAGAUGUGCCCCCCUCCUCACCCUGUUCCAUGCGAGCCGACACCCGGGUUCUACCACCACGCGCCACCAGAACAGCACCAGGUACCCCCCAUGCCAAUCCCAUGCGAGCACCCCCACGGGUUCUACCACGCGCCGCCAGAACAACACCAGGCACCCCCCAUGCCAAUCCCGUGCGAGCCUCCCCACGGGUUCUACCCGCCCCCAAUGCACGAUCCACACAUGUGCCCUCACCCUCAUCCAGUUCCGUGUGACCCGCCAACGGCAUUCUAUCAUCCGGUCCCAGAGCACGCCCCGCCUAUGCCAAUGCCUUGCGAGCCCAGGCCAGGAUUUUACCAUCCUCCCCCGGAGGAGCCUCGGCCCAUGAUGCCAGUUCCAUGCGAGCCCAGGCCUGGAUUCUACCAUCCUCCGCCAGGGCCCAUGAUGCCAGUCCCAUGCGAGCCCACGCCUGGCUUCUACCAUCCUCCUCCCCUCCCAGCCCCAUGCGAGCCCACGCCUGGGUUCUACCAUCCCCACCCAGAGGAGCCCCAUAGGCCGAUGAUGCAAGUCCCCUGCGAGACUACCCCUGGGUUUUACCAUCCUCAUCCAGAGGAGCCCCGAAAUCUCACGAUGCCAGCUCCACGCGAUCCCGGCUUCUACCCUCCCCGCCCAGAUGAGCCGCGGGGGCCGCUGGCCACCUAUCCGCAAGAGGACCCGUGCCGGCGCGAUUGGCGUAUGCCCGAGGCCCAGCCGGUCCGACAGGAGGAGCCGCCAGCAAACGCGAAGAUCGGUGUGGAGGAUCUUCCGCCGUGUCCCCCUUCCAUCCAAGUGCCCUCGGCUCCAGCCCCGGGUUCGGCAGAGCUCCCUUCGAUCGGCUCUGAUGGCCACAAGACGGGGGAGUGCCGCCCUUGCGCCUUUUUGUAUGCCAAGGGUUGCCAGAAUGGUGCCAUGUGCCUCUUCUGCCACUUGUGCGAUAAAGGCGAGAAGAAGAGGCGGCAGAAGGCGAAGAAGGCCUCCUUCCAAGGAGGAGCGUGA